UUGAGUUUCUUUUGAUGCCGUUACAGAAAUUCAUUCGCACACCGACACUAUUAAACCUAUAUAAUUACACAUUAACGAAAUCAUUUACAGCCGGAACUAUGUGUAAAGAGUUGAAGACUCGAGUACUACACUUGCUGCCGCAAAACUGCCAUGCAGCGUUGGCCCAAUCAGGGGACAAACAGCAAGAUGGGAAUCACAUCCUAAACUCCACAGUCAAGGCCCUGAAAGACGGACAAGUGGUGGCUGUACCUACUGAUACAAUUUAUGGCUUGGCUUGCCUAGCUCAAAACUCAGACGCUAUCAAGACUGUGUAUGAUAUUAAAGGCAGAAAUGGAGAUAAACCUUUGGCAAUUUGUGUUGGGGAAAUUGAAGAUAUUUACAAGUACUGUAAGGUGUGUGUGAAGAAUGAGCUUCUACAGGAUCUACUUCCUGGACCUGUUACCCUGGUUCUGGAAAGAACCAAAACACUGAACCCUGACCUUAAUCCAUUCACACGGCUCGUUGGAGUCCGUAUCCCUGAUCACGUCUUCAUGAGAAGCCUCUGUCAGAAGUGUGAAGAACCGCUCGCCCUAACAAGUGCCAACGUCAGCACACAAACCAGCACCGUAGCAGUUCACGAGUUUCAGGACCUAUGGCCAAGGUUGGCAGUUGUGGUAGACGGGGGACCCAUUGGGGACCAGAGUCGUCUGGGCUCGACGGUGGUCGAUCUCUCUGUGCCCGGUAGAUACCGCGUCAUAAGGCCGGGAUGUGCCUUCGCUUCCACCAUCGAUAUCCUUGAGCGUAAAUAUGGAUUGUUGGAAGACUCUGCAAAUCAGUAAGACGCUUUCAGCGUCUCCAUUAAUGGAC